CCUGAAUCCAUGGAAGAUUCACGUCAGCAAGGAGUGGGUGACGGACCCAAAGCGACCACCGAACUCGGGCUGCUUGCCUCCAUGACCUACGCUCCGUCGUUCAUUGCUCUUCUGCCGUAACUAAUCCGACGCGGCGAAAGUAUCUUAAGACUCUCUGUUACUUCGAGCAUACUCUGGGAAAACAUGCUUCCCCGCCCCCCCUUGCUAGGACAAGCGUCGUGCUCACACUACUGGUCAGGGCGUGUUCCGCGCGUAAGUUUGAUUGCGGGCUCUGCGACUCAGAAAGUUCUCAUAACGAUCUGAAAGGGUUGGGUAGGGUUUUGUGUGACACCCAACGCAGCGUUAUCACUCGAUUCCUCCCGCAACCCAGCUACUCGCCUCUGCCAUAGCGUCGGGCAGUGGACUCCAGCCAUGCAGACACGCCGGGUAAGUUCGCCUGGCAUCUCGGCAUCCGCGGUGCACGUGGCUCGACUCCGCUGGACUUGCGACUGCGCGACUUAGCGAGGUAGUACGGGGUGGCGCGACAUCCCCAGUGAGGGUGAUGGCAUCGCAUUCGUUUCUUUGUGCCCAACUGCCUCUCGCGUGCCGCCCCCGUGCCACUGUCAUACAAACUCGUCUGCAUGGGCCUGGUCUUUGAACCUGGCAUUGGACCAUGCAAACAUCGCCGAUCCCUUGUGCCUGACCGUGGUAGAUGGCAAGGACGUCGACCAAUGACCGAGCCACGCUCCUCCACACCGUGCUACACUCCUCCUAGGUUCCUUACCAAUGUCGCUCCGCAACGUAGGGUGCUCUCCCAUUCUUAGGGCCCUUCCUCACCCUGGUAUCAAAGGGCCCCUCUGCUCAAAGAGCUAGUACCUCUGUCAUCCUCUCAUCCCACCUUCUCGAAGCCUUGCUUCCAAAAUAUUGUUCUUCUAUCCGCGUUCUCCUUCACGUGCUUCAGUGCAUAGACUUCAAAAAGAGCAUGCUUGAGAGAACUCCCAUGUAUUCAGUCGCCCCUCUCUUACCUACCCUUGUUAUCACCAUGCAGCAGGAGUCGCACAGAGGGUUAGAGCGGCGUCUGCCGCUGCUUGGCAGCCUUGCAUACCUUCUUGUGCUCAGAGGUGUUGUGUCGGUGCGAUUACAUUUAGACGAUGUUGGUAGUAUCCAGGAGCUGGCAAGAAGGUGGAACAACUUUGAGGGCAGCGAGAUAUGGGGGCUGCGCUACGUGGACUGCAUGGCGAUGGAGGGAAUAUUAUGCGACAAAGAUGGCUUCGUCACUGACAUAGUUCUGCAGCAGAAGGGCUUCUAUGCACCGAUACCCACGAUGAUUAGCAAGCUGCAGCACCUCAGACACCUGUCACUUAUGUUCUGCACUCUCACAGGCACCAUUCCUGAUUCUCUCUUCAAUCUUACCUCGCUUUCAGUUCUCGAUGUAGUCGGAAACUUCAUCACGGGGACUGUUCCUGUAGGCAUCAGCCGCUUGGUCAACUUGAGAGUGCUUGGUCUUGGCCUCAACCAGCUAUCUGGUCCACUCGACCCACUCUCCAACCUGCCGCAGCUCAUUUUUCUACAUCUCGACCAGAACCUCUUCAACGGCUCUAUUUCCUCAGAGCUUGGCAAACUCACCACCCUUCGUUUCUUGAGCCUUAAAGAAAACGAGUUUUCUGCCAGCAUCCCCUCUUCCUUGGGCAACUUGGCAUCGUUGAAUGAAUUGACUCUAAGUGUCAACCAGCUCAGUGGCACCAUACCCGACUCCCUCAGUGGCCUGCACAGCCUCACCAACCUCAACCUGCACACGAAUCAGCUGACAGGAGCCAUCCCUGAGUCGCUUGGAGCUCUCUCGGCUCUCAAGUUUCUGGAGCUGCAGUACAAUCGAUUGAAUGGCUCGAUUCCAGCAACUCUGUCAUCGCUGCAGCAGCUUGAAUGGCUAAUGAUUUCUGGCAACCUUCUCUCGGGUAGCAUACCUGCCGCGCUGGGCGAUAUUCCUCUUUUGAAGUACAUGUGGCUGGCAUUAAAUCAGUUGUCAGGGUCCAUUCCUACGGCCAUUGGGAAGCUCGCCAACCUGGUUAACUUAGACAUGUGGAACAAUCAGCUGUGCGGAACCAUCCCCACCACCCUCCACAACCUCUCCAAGGUCCAAUAUCUAGCACUGUCAUACAACCAGCUCUCAGGCCCUGUGGAGCCCAUCAUACGAGGCAUGAGGAGCGUCACUGACCUAUAUUUGCAGAAGAACCAGUUUUCAGGCCGUCUGCCCAUUCCGGCGCCAGCAGGCAUGAAGAACUAUGUAGUGGCCAAUAACUUCUUCUCACACGGGCAGGUCAAGUUCAGCAAUUGCUCUGCUGUCAAGUGGAACACCUACUCGAACUGCCUUUCCAAAUACCUGGGCAUUUGCCGCCUUGCUUACGCCCAAAAGUCUGCCGCAGAGUGCGCUGCAUUUUGUGGGCUGGAGGUUGGUGCCACUGGCCCAGUGUGUGGGGGGCAUGGCUACUGCUUGGUGAAUCCAUCCACAGGAGCAAGCGAGUGCGUGUGCGAUCCCAACUACAUGCUCAGCAGCAGCAACAGCAACGCCUGUGUUCCUGGAGCUGCCGAGACCUUCCUGGUGUCUGCCUCAGCCUAUGUUUCGCUUCGGGGCUCUGCCUCUGUACUUUCCAACGGCUCCAUUUUGCUCACAAAUGGCGCUGCCAACCAGCAGGGUGCAGCGUUUGGCUCACCUGCCAUGCGCCUCUUCUACUUCCCCGACAAGCGGUCACGCUGCGGAACGGAGCUGGGCUUCCUUGCUGCCUUCAGCUUUGCCAUGAGUCCCGGGGGCCAGGGGGAGGGAGGGGAGGGGCUUGCGUUUGUGGUGGCAGCAGGUGCUUCUGAAAAGGGGGCGAGUGUGGGGCUGGGAGGGGUGGGGCGGCGGAGUAUGGGAGUGGAGUUUGACUCGGUGCUGAGUGUGAAGCACAGCGACCCCAACGACAACCACGUGGGCGUCAAUGUGGGCGGCUCACCUGUGUCCCUCGCCUCUGCCACGGCCCCUCUCAUCCUCAACGACGCCCAAACCAAGCACGCCUGGAUCCACUACGACCCCACCAGCGGCGGCACUCUCCAAGUCUUCCUCUCCUCCGACCCCGUGCAGCCCCUCACCCCCACCCUCACAGCCAGCGUGUCUCUCUGCUCCGUUCUCAAACCCACUGCAUCCGACUCUCUCUUCCUCUUCGGCUUUCUUGCCCUCUCUAGCACUGCGCCUCAGAGACUUGGCAUACUGUCAUGGAACUUCACAGGUGUUUCGCCUGUAGGGUGAUAGUAUUGCACAUAAAGGGUAGGCAGUUUUCUAUCAACAAAUUUAAAAUUUCUUGGCAGUGAAGUGGCGCCUUCAGAGGCGGCGGUGUACGUAGGUGAAUAUUGGUGGAUAUUACAAGGGUGUUGCGGUAUAACAAUAUAUUGUAUAGCGGAACAGUUAGUGUGGAUAUAUUUUUAUAUCCCGUAUUCCCCCGUAUAUAACACCCGCCGGAAUAGUCACUCCGUGGGUGGUUUAUGCGGGGCAGAGCUUAUGAUAGGGUGAAUUUAGGAGAGCACCCGCUUUUCGGGGGCUGCAUUUUACAUAACACCCUCCUCGUUUUAUGCAGCAAAGAUUGGUA